GGCCCAGCCUGAGCCGCCAGGACAAGACCAGGUCACAGCGCCUUCCAGCCAUGGGGGACACCUUCAUCCGGCACAUCGCCCUCCUGGGCUUCGAGAAGCGCUUCGCCCCCAGCCAGCACUAUGUGUACAUGUUCCUGGUGAAGUGGCAGGACCUGUCCGAGAAGGUGGUCUACCGGCGCUUCACGGAGAUCUACGAGUUCCACAAAACCCUAAAAGAAAUGUUCCCCAUCGAGGCGGGGGAUAUCAACCCAGAGAACAGGAUCAUUCCCCACCUCCCAGCCCCCAGGUGGUUUGACGGGCAGCGGGCCACCGAGAACCGCCAGGGCACACUCACCGAGUACUGCGCCACGCUCAUGGGGCUGCCUGCCAAGAUCUCCCGCUGCCCCCACCUCCUCGACUUCUUCAAGGUGCGCCCCGACGACCUCAAGCUCCCCACAGACGGCCAGACGAAGAAGCCAGAGACGUACCUGAUGCCCAAAGACGGCAAGAGUAGUGUGGCGGACAUCACGGGCCCUAUCAUCCUGCAAACGUACCGCGCCAUCGCUGACUACGAGAAGAGCUCGGGCUCCGAAAUGGCUCUGGCCACGGGCGACGUGGUGGACGUCGUGGAGAAGGGCGAGAGCGGCUGGUGGUUCUGCCAGAUGAAGGCGAAGCGUGGCUGGGUCCCGGCGUCCUUCUUGGAGCCCCUGGACGGUCCGGACGAGGCAGAGGAUCCGGAGCCCAACUAUGCAGGCGAGCCCUACAUCACCAUCAAAGCCUACACAGCCGUGGAGGAGGACGAGGUGUCCCUGCUCGAGGGUGAGACCAUUGAUGUCAUUCAUAAGCUCCUGGACGGCUGGUGGGUCGUCAGGAAAGGAGACGUCACAGGUUACUUCCCGUCCCUGUACCUACAAAAGUCGGGGCAGGACCCGGCCCAGGCCCGACGCCAGAUCACAAAACGAGGGGCGCCGCCCCGCAGGUCGACCAUCCGCAACGCGCACAGCAUCCACCAGCGGUCGCGGAAUCGCCUCAGCCAGGACGCCUACCGCCGCAACAGCGUCCGCUUCCUGCAACAGCGGCGCCGCCAGGCGCGGGGCGCGCAGGGCGCCGGGAGCCCCUUGCAGGAGGAGCCGCAGACCCAGCGCGCGAAGCCGCAGCCUGCUGUGCCCCCGCGGCCAAGCGCCGACCUCAUCCUGACCCGCUGCAGCGAGAGCACCAAGAGGAAGCUGGCGCCCGCCGUCUGAGGCCCGGGCGCAGGCCCCAGAUAGCGCCCAGCCGCUCCGCCACCUCCCGCCCCUGUCCCUGUAUAUACGUGCACUAUAUAGGCUGGUGCCUGGAUGCCGCGGGCAGCCCUGGGCCCUCGCCCCACGUGGCUCUCAGCCACCCUCAAUAAAUGUUGCUUGAAGUGGACAGAGGCUCUGCAGAGGCGCAGGGCGGACUGGGCUCCGCCCUAGAAUGAGGACAGGGGCUGUGAACUCUGCUGAGAGGAAGUUGCAAGAGCUGAGGUCCUGUUGCAUACUGCCCUGGCCUUGGCCAAGAACAGGUUUGCACAAGGCCAAGUGCAAGAGGAACUUCCGGUUCCCUGCUGACCAUGAGUCUGGACAGAAACCCCCUGCUUGGACUCUGGCCGAAGAAUCCUGAAGAUGAGUGGACACAGCGCAGGGGGCCAGCCCAGUCUCGUAACAGGGCGUGACCCUGUAGCUGUAUCUAAACUUUGUAAUUUAGGUAUGGGGGUAUCCUCUGAUUAUUCACCGAGACCCUGCCCCAAUUAGGCGGUUGUACCAGGAAGCAUUGGCCAAUGAACAGACCCUCACCGCUUACCUUAGCGUUGCUGCCAGCCCAGGGCCUGGAAGUCUUUGCCGGUGGGUCUAACCCAAAAUGCAAAAGACACUAAGGUGCAAAGUGGAGCUGCAAAUCUUUUGAAAGAUGCUGCUUGUCAUGAAGGCCUCGAGUUCCCCUCCUAAGCAAAAGUAGCUACGUGAGGGCAGGCAAGGCCAAUCCCGUUAGAGAUGAGAGAAAACUGCUAAGGGGACAGAUGCCAGUCAAGAGAAUAAUCUGACCAUCAACGGAUUGGCGAGGCCUCGAGAAAACCACGGAGCCCUUAACUAGUUUUGCAUUUUGCAGACACUUGUUGCUGC